UUCAGGUGACCCAGUUUAUUUGGGUACGAUUUCGAAUGGCACCCCUUGCCGCGAAGUGGUGGUUGUUUGGGCAAUGCACAUAAAAUGCCCCGAACGGGACCAACAGUGCACAGUUCGCGCCGACACGCUAGCGCUCCGUACGCACACGAUUUAGUUUAAGGACAAUGAGGAGCACCAACGACAUGUUUCGUUUGACAACGUUUUUCAUUCUUCUGGCAUCAACCUUCGCCCAAAAAGGUUACGAAUACAAUAAACCAGGUACACCCUUUAACCAGGGACCUCAGCAAAAUGGACCAGGAUACCCAGGACAAACAGGCUCUUCAGUCAAUCAGUAUCCUUCAUCACCUACAUCACCAUCUUACCCUAAUCAACAAAACGAUGCUUAUCCAAGUGGUGGUGCCGGACCGACACCCGGGUACCCAUCUGGACCUUCAAACUACCCUUCUGCCGGAGCUAACCAAAACUACCCAGGAAAUAACCAACCUCAAACUGGAUAUCCCGGAUCAGUCCCAUCUUAUCCAAAUCAAGGAAUUACUGGUCCCAGUACAAGCUAUCCCGGGCAAACAGGGUCCAAUUACCCAGGACAAUCUCAAAACUUCCCCAACCAAAAUGGACAAACAGCAGGUCGGCCCGGAAUUUCUAACACAAGUCCCAGUAACUCCGGUGCUCCGAGUUUGAUUCCUAGCUCACCUGGAUUUGGACCUACCACACCCGGAUUCGGCCCUGUGUCACCUGGAUUCAGACCUGGAUCACCUGGAUUUGGCCCUGGAUCGCCUGGUUUUGGACCAGGGUCUCCUGGAUUUGGCCCUGGCAGUCCUGGUUUCGGCGGAGAUGACACGGGAGCGUACGAAGGUGGUGACUACUCGGCUAUACCUGGAGAGCCAGAUAAAGACUAUCCUAUACUCUCUGAGAUACCUGAAACUAGUUUUAGCUGUGGGGCACAACCUUAUCCUGGGUACUACGCUGAUAUUGAGACUCGCUGUCAAGUUUUCCAUGUGUGUGCCAACAAUAUCACAUAUGACUUCCUUUGCCCCAACGGUACGAUUUUCUCUCAAGAAGUUUUUGUUUGCGUCUGGUGGAAUCAGUUUGACUGCAACUCUGCGCCCAGUUUCUUUGAACUUAAUGCCAAUCUAUAUGAUUACUCCAUAAAAGGACCUGGACUAACAGAUUUUGGCCAACAACAAGGAUCGCCUUUCCCUGGAAAUGUUGGCCCUCAGGGCCCGUCAAACUACCCGAAUAUACCAGGUACAUCUCCCGGGAUUCAAGGAACGGUAGGUCCUUCAGAUUAUCCUGGAUCCACAGGACCACAGGGAUCUCAAGGUGCAUCAUCUUAUCCUAUUGGUCCUCAAGGACCGUCGCAGAAUUAUCCCUCAGGCCAAGGUACUCAGAGCCCACAAGGGCCAUCUUCCUUCCCAAAUCAACAAGGCCCAUCAUACCCUGGACAAAGCUCAUCAUAUCCUGGCCAACAAGGUUCAUCUUCCUAUCCAGGUCAGCAAGGUCCCUCUUCCACGUAUCCAGGCCAACAAAGCCCUUCCCCUUCUUACCCGGGACAACAGGGUCCGUCAUCGUCUUACCCUGGGCAACAAGGGGGCACGUCUUCUUACCCUGGACAACAGGGAGGACCGUCCUCUUACCCUGGUAGCUCUGGAUAUCCAACAUCAACAUCAUCAUCUCAAGGUCAACAAGGAUCUAACUAUCCAUCAUCUCAAAGUCAAUCGAAUUACCCUGGUGGCAGUCAAGGAUACCCAUCUGGAAAACCUAAUGGGCCCAGUUUCCCAAGUGGCAGUACAAGGCCUCAGGGCGACAGGUAUCCAUCACAACAACCGAACAGGGAGUACCUUCCUCCUAGAAAUCAAUAACAAGUCCGUACCAACGACCAUAGCAUUCUUAAAUGUUUAACUCAUAGAUUAGUAUUCUAAGUACAAAAAGUAUUAUGUAUGUUAAAGAUUGUAAAAUUUAAUGCCAGUAUGAUGCGUUGUCAAACGAGUUAGUUGGUGCUACAGAAAUAUUAGAUAUAUACGUAUAGUUAUUAGAUAACUAUUUGACUAAUAAGUCUUCGUAACUUUGUUACAAAUAAGGAAAAUCACUACGGACUUAAAUUGUGAUUAAGGAAAUUUGAAAUGCGAUUCCGAUUUAACGAAAGUUACCAAAACU